CAAAUUUAUUCGGAAAACCAAACUGAAAAUAUUCCGUUUCCUCUAUUUGGAGAUUCAUGGCGAUAUCUUACGUUCAGCCUCUGCUUCUUCUCCUCGCAUCACUCUUCUUUUUACCUGCUUUUGGUGGCUUGAUUGAUUUUCAAUACUGCAACAAAAAGGGAUACAAUUUUGGUAACAUCACUCGUGUGGAAGUCUCUCCCGAGGACACUCAAUAUCUUAUCGUACAGGGUUCUACAAGUAGUAAAAGUAAAAUGCUCUAUUCAGAAGCUUUAGAGCUGUUCCUUAGAAUUGACAAGUAUCGUUUUCGUAUGGCAAGAUACGACGACAUCCGUGAGGUGGUGGAUGCAUGGCCUCUUGAACCUGGCAAAGACUUUGUGCUCAAAAUUUACAGAGAGAAGUAUUUGCGCUUCUAUGAAAAUUACAUGAGUGCCUUAACUUUGUUCGGUAACUUUGAAGACUCUGGCAAACUACAGCAAUUGAUUUGUAUCGACUUCAAGUUACCUCCUCCACAGUGAUCCCUUUCUACUCAGCAAAAAAAGAUGUUUUCAGGUCUUUAUGUGUAAUGUGUUGAUAUGAUAUGCCUUUUACUGACACUAUAGUUUUCCAUUUUGUUUUUAAUGUGUUGUCCAACAAAUAAAAGAAAACCAUUAAGUGGUAUCAAUUUCUCUCUGUUGUAAUUUUAUUUUAUUUUGUCAACACUUUCUGUUGUAAUUCUGGUGGAGGUAACUGGUUAUCCGUAGUGAAUUCAAAGUUAUUUAUUAUGAGGGCUACUUAUUGUUAUACUUGAUGGUUUCGUAAUAAAGAAUUUAUGGAUGUGUUUUAAUUUUAGAAUUUUCUUCAAUUUUUUUAUUAGUUUUGAAUUUUAUCAUGCUUCAUGAAUUUGUAUUGAUUGAGAAAAUAAUGACAGUUGCUGAGGAAACUGGUGGAGUUCCUAUGAGGACAGAGGAGGGUGAAGAACAGGCGGAUAUAAGCGUUGAAGAUUUAACUAGAUACACAUGCCAAGGUCAA